GGAAAGUACCACGCAGUGUGCAACAGGUCACGUGGCUGAGACACAUUUCCGAUUCACAGUAUUCUCCAUUUACAGAGAUGGGUUUUUCAGGAUGAGGCCCACCGCAAGCCAAGGAGCAGCUGGAUGUGUGAGGCACAGAGGGGACAGAUGCCAGCUGCGAGUUGGCCUGGCUGACUUAGGGGCCCUUCCAAACAUCUAAGAGCAGGGGGAAAAUAAGUUAGCAGCUGGGCUGGGGCCUGUCCCUUCUCUCCUGUCUCUGUCCCCACGAGACAGGGGCAGCUCUAUCUGUGGGCGUGGCCUUCUCCAAUCCUCUUGCAGGGGGCAGCUUCCCCGAGACUCUGUUCUGUGGUUCUCUACGUCCCUGUACCAAAACACCUGUUCGAGGGCGCAGAAUUCGCUCCUUUUCAAGGACAUUAAUGCCAACAGACCAGAGACGGGCAAUGUCCACGACUAACACGUGUUUGACCUCAGGCCGCACUGCAAGUGUUCUGCGUGCUAUGAAUCAGCUAGUUUUGCAGCCAUAACCCAAGGCUGUCCUAUGAUCACCCCCUCCACAGGCCAGCAAAUCUAGCAACUUGCUGCAGACCAGCCACCUGGUAUGUGCACAGCCGGAAGGCACGUGGGGUAGCCUUCCUCCAGAACCCACCCUGGAAACGGUAGCGGAGCGAAGGGGCAAGUUAGCAUCUGUGGGGCACAUCUUAGCUCCACCACCACUUGCCACGUGACUCUGCACCUGGCACCUCUUUGAGACUCAGUUUCCUUCACAGCAAAAUGGGUUCAUGGAGGCAGGGACUUGGCAACACGCAAAAGCAAUGGCAGAGUUGAAAGUCCCUGAGCCGUACUUGUUAAGAAACUCAGAGAUGAGAAAAGGCAGGACCCGUGAGGGCCCUCCCUCAUCCUUUACCACUCCCAAGCUGCGUGCGCCCUGAAUUCCCGCUGCAAGGCAGCUGGUGGCCAGGGUUCCUGAGCGCGGGUCCUUUGUGGGCCCCCCGGAAACGUCGCUCGGCUUCCGACACAAACCCUGCCUCCUGUCCUCAGAGCAGAGGAAUGGAAACUUCUGCCACCAACAGUCUCUGCGAGCAACUUCCCUCUCUGUGGUUUGUCUCUGUCAUUCCCUUGAUAAAAGAAUGCGAGCUGCCAGUGUCACCGAGGUUCACGAAUCGCAUCUUCACACACAAACGGCCGCCCUCCGAGAGCAGGCUGUGCGAGAGGAUGCGCCAUGCACUCUAAACUGGGUCAUUCCCCACUGCCAGGGCGCGCGGCGCGGCUGACUUUCCGUGUGUGUCUCCUGUGCCCCAGGCUCCGAGCGGCCCCGGCGGCCCCAGCAGAGAGACAGAUGGGGAACAGCGUGAAGUCCACCCCGGCGCCCCCGGAGAGGCCUCUGCCCAGCUCGGACGGUCUGGAGAGUGACUUCCUGGCUGUGCUGAGUGACUACCCGUCUCCUGACAUCAGCCCCCCAAUAUUCCGCCGCGGGGAGAAGCUGCGGGUGAUAUCUGAUGAAGGGGGCUGGUGGAAAGCCAUCUCACUCAGCACUGGCCGUGAGAGCUACAUCCCUGGAAUGUGCGUGGCCAGGGUUUACCAUGGCUGGUUGUUUGAGGGGCUGGGCAGAGACAAGGCCGAGGAGCUGCUGCAGCUGCCAGACACGAAGAUCGGCUCGUUCAUGAUCAGAGAGAGUGAGACGAAGAAAGGUUUUUACUCGCUAUCUGUGAGGCACAGGCAGGUGAAGCAUUACCGCAUCUUCCGCCUGCCCAACAACUGGUACUACAUUUCCCCGAGGCUCACCUUCCAGUGCCUGGAGGACCUGGUCAACCACUACUCUGAGGUGGCUGACGGCCUAUGCUGUGUGCUGACCACGCCCUGCCUGACGCAAAGCACGGCCGCCCCGGCAGCGAGGGCCCCCAGCUCGCCGGUCACCUUGCGCCAGAAGACUUUCGACUGGAAGAGGGUAUCCAGACUGCAGGAAGACGGUGAGGGAGCCGCGAAUCCCCUCGGGAUGGACGAGUCCCUCUUCAGCUACGGCCUUCGGGAAAGCAUCGCCUCCUACCUGUCCCUAACCAGUGACGACAGUGCCCCCUUUGACCGAAAGAAGAAAAGCAUCUCCUUGAUGUACAGUGGGAGCAAGAGGAAGAGUUCUCUGUUCUCCUCGCCACCCUACUUUGAGGACUAGCCAGACAGCAGACAGUGGGGUUCACGCCCACAAGGCACCGAAGUUCCAGCUGUCGCCUGGGGGCAGAGCAGAGUUCCUGGAUCUCUGGGGCCAAGAGAAGCCACAUGGAGACUCCAACUCUCCUCCUCUCUAUCCACAUCAUGACCAAAGGAGCCUCACAGCACGCAUGUGACGUCACAGCACGUUGAACUGUGAUGGGACAGGGCCAUGCACGUGCACACGGUGCAGGUGGGCAGGACACAGACAUGCGCCAGGCCCAUUCUCCAGCAAACCCCAGGCGGCCACACUCUGAGGGAACACGUGCACAGGAAACCCUGAGAGGAAGACAGAUCAAAAGCUGCCAUCUGGCUCUGCACAUGCAGCCCUGCAGGGAACUCCUUAACCCAGGGGAUGCAUCGCUUCAGUCUAAGGGAACUCCGUGACACUACACACCAGCCCAAGGGACACGCUGGCCUGAAUCAGGAGACGCCUUGGGCAUGCUGGGUAAAAGUCAGAGGGCCUCUGUGAUGCUGACAGGGCCAGGCAGAUGGGGGAGAGGGGACAGCUGGCGGGGAAGGAGCCCAUGGGGCUGGAACCGCACAGGCUUCUGUGCUAUCGCCAGCCAUGGCUUGCAGGGCAGAGAGAGUUACCCCAGGCUGCCUGGAUUCUUGCUGUAUUAAUGCAUCAAUUAUUCCUGCAUAGCCACUCGAAGAGGCACCAAGUUAAGUCCCCGUGCAAGGUGUCAGGCCAAAAAAGAAAAAAAAAAAAAAAAAAAGAUGGACAAGUCCCAGCUCCUAAUGGAGUUGCUGACAGGGAGACAAGUGUCCAAGCCAGUAAUACGCCGAGGAGAGUGAAAAAGAGAAACUAACUCAUGGCUUAGGAUGGGUUUGGAUCAGGCAAGAGUGACACAGGAGCGCUCGUUCAGCAGGCUCUCGGGGGUGCAAGGGCCGGCUGCACUAAGAAGUGGCUGGUUCUGCUUACGAAAGGCAGCUGGCGAGGUCCAAACAAGCCUCUCCUUCAGUCUUACUCUAAGCAAGGUCUGAAGUCCACGGGGCUACAAACGCAGAGCUCCAGGAAGGAGGGGAGCCCGAGUGACUGCAUCCCGUCCCUAUCACUGUGAGAGACCAGAGAGACAGAGGCUGUCCUGCCCAGGCCCUCCAACCAGAUCCUGCUGAGAAGGAAGGAGCAGAAUACGUGACUCGCUCCCCUCCGUGUCACGGGGACUCGGGGGGAGGAAGGCGUGCGCUGUGGUGUCCCCUGCCGUGGGAGAAGCCCGGCUACUCCUGCCAGCAUUCUGCAGAUCCCAGCUCACCCCGGCUGCGGUGUGCAGCCAUGCCUUCACGUGGCCCUGUGUCCCGGCAGGCCUCAGGCGUUUAUGCACGGGGACAUCUGUGGUCUUGGCAAUCACGGAGGGCUGUGUCAAGGGGACCAGUCAGCGUGUGGGAGACGAAUGUAACCUGGGGACUCCGCCUCCCACCGCGAGGCCAGCUGCUGGCCAGAGCCGCCUCCAGAUGCCUGCACAGCGUCUUGGGCCUUGUUCCCCACUGUGGGAAACGUGACUGAGACACCAGGGAAGCACUCAGAGGGACUUCCCAGUGGGAAGCAUUACACUGUAUUAAAGCCCGUAUUUAUUCCCGAUGAAAAUAAACCUAAUGCGUAUUUAAGCCUUGGAAA